GUGGAGAGGCAGAGCGGAUCAAAGAGAGUGGACUGGACAUCGGUGCAGUUWAGCAGAGGUCUGACUGAAUGUAGAUCUGAUAGGAGAUGCUGAGCAUAUCUGGAAGGUAGAUGGUUGUCCAGCGGGGGUCUUCCAAGGAGCCCACAAGAAAAUCGGUGGUGAAUAUGGGAAAAAACCAUGGUUCUCCCAGCAAACCGUCCCUGCAUGUUAUAAUCAGCCUGGCUGUGGUGGCGCCGCUGUUCCUCAUGGCUCUCGUCUGUUUCUGCUCUCUGCAGAGGAAAACAGGACAAGCAGCUAGGGUGAUCUACGAGGUUCCCCACAUGGACUCUGUUGAGGCUGACAUGGACAAACACAGCACMUCGUCCUCCAGAGGCUCCACUCAGUGGUGCCAGGUGCAAUUGUACGACUCCUUGGACUACUUUGAGCGAGUGGAGACCAACCACGGUACCAGGAAGGAAUGAGGAUCUGCUCCAGCGUUUGAACUUGUUCAUUGUGUACAAAAUGUGCAUUUCUUUAUCGUCAUUAUCKGAAUCAAACUCAUGUGUGUGUAAAUAUUUUGUAUUUUCAUAUAAACUGUAUCUUUCUCGUCA